GUCAUAUACUUCAUUAUACUACAAGCAAAACAAAAGAAACUAAUUCCAAAGGAAGCACUGCUACAACUAAGCAUGGCACUCAUAUUCUUUCAUAAGGUCACAUGAAGCUAUGAAAGGUCGAUAGCGUCCACUUGAUAUCCAGUCAUCUCCUGAAGCAUGUAGUUAGUUAACCCCGCCAAAUUAAUCGAUAAGAUCCACAUGGAGCCAAGCACUUUACGCGACGCACGGCCCCUGAUAACGCGUCACGGCGCGUCUAGACCCUUCAGUUGCUCCUCCAACGAAACAUCGUCAUCAAAGAAUGCAGGAGCCAUCCAAUGGAAGGCUACAAUGCAUCCUGUCAAAGAACAUGUCACAAAAUGAAGCAUGAUUUAAUGCGGACAAAAAUACUCCUAGGCUUGCUAUCUCGAUCAUAGCGACAAUGGAACCACCAACAAAGAAAAGGCGACGGGGCUCUUCAGCUCAAAAAGAGGUUCGAGGUGAAAGCGACGAUGACGAACUUGCCUCACAUCCUCAAGAGAUCAGGAUGCGCCGAGACCCUGAUAUUCAGCUUGCACUCAAACGGGCAAAUGCUGACCAUAAACUGCAAGCUACAAUGGCUCAUAUUAUCGAAAAAUACAGCCGGGACUUUGAGGGCAUCGGCGACGAAAUCGACAUGAAUACUGGAGAAAUUGUGGUUAACAACGGUCAUUUGCGCAACAUGCGUGAUGAGGGAGAUGUUGAAGGACUAUGGAUGGAGGGCGAUAGUAAUAUCGAUGAAGAUGAAGGACUUCUGCUGGAGGACCUUACGGAUGGAUAUUCCGAUAGCGAAGAACCAGUCAAAGGAGUACAACAUUCUCAAAACGACAACCAGAACAGCCAAAAACCAACAUUUGCAGAACAAGGCGCCCCAACAAGCCAAAAGACUCACAGCAAAGUCGCCCCGGAAGCACCACAAACUGAUAUGGAUAGGGCUAUGGAUCCCUCACAAAUUCCCAACGUCAUGUUGCCCCCCAGCGAACCUCACUUUGGUCCUCCACCCUAUGGACCAGGUUCGUCGGUUGGAUUCGGACCAACUCCAGGAUUUGGGCCCUGGGGAAUGAUGCAUGGGUUUCCCAUGCAAGCCUGGGAUCGGGACGAUAUUCCUCCAUAUUUCAACAUGCCGCCCAGUAUGCCAGGACCUUGGUUUAGCGGAGGCAGAUACGUCUUCCCCACUCAUAACGGACAGACAUCGAUUUGGAGUCGCAACCAGGCCAAGAAGACAAAACGGGCUGGCUCUAUGAAAGCAUCCUCCAAGCAGGCGACGAACAGACACCCUAACAGCUCUCGUACGGAAGAAGAGGCGGAUGCAGAUGACCAUCACAAAUCCAUGUCUGAGAAACAACCACCCGAUAAUCAGGAAGUUCCAGCGCCCGAUAGAACUAUAAAUGAUACCGACGAUGACGAUGAUUUGAUGUUCUCUGAGGCUACUGAGGUAGCGUCGACCCCUGAGGCGAGUCUUGUCCUCCCAACAAAAGAAACGUCACCUGCAAAGGGCGAGGUUCAUCGACAUCCACAGGGGGUACUGAAAGAAACAAAUGGAAAUGCUGUGAAAGUGCCCCAGCAGAACGACGAAGAAGACGGUUCUGGCCGGAGACGGUCUGGCCGAGCGAGGAAACAAACUGAGUAUUUGGGCAAGAUCUCAUGGGACGACGCCAGAGAAUGGCAGAGAUCAGGACAGAGUUUGAGGGUGGAAUUAUACAAAGUUGAUCCAGUCGUUCGCAAAGACUUCGAAAGCGUCAACCAUGUUGGCGAUGAGUGUGUCUCGUCUUCGGUGGAGUUUCAAGGCAAUGCGCUGCGAACAAAAGGACCCGAAAGGGGGACGACCUCUCAAAGGCAGGUUGUACCAGAUUCACAGGACACGGCGACCCCUUUCAACAGCAGUGCCUCUGAAGCACCGGAGCCCACGGAUGGCAACGACAGACUCAAUGCUUCUGAUAUACCUACCGUUCCUAGCAUGGAGCUUUCGGACGAUGAAGCUCCUCUUGUUCUUUCAAGGAUCAGAGCACCAAAACGCCAGAUAGAUGAACGAGAACCUCUAUCGCCACUUAUAUCAACACAGGGUCGAAAUCGAAGCGCUGAGCCCACUGUCCCUGUUGCGAGUAGUUCGCCAAAACCCAAUCGAAGAGCAGCACCCAUAAUUGACCGUGCGGUUGGGGGUAUGCUGGACCAGAGUAUAGAGCCUCUCAAGCGCAAGCGAGGAAGGCCCAAAGGCUCAACACGCAAGGCUCAAAAUGGUAAUGCUGUUUCCAGUAUGAAAGUCAUAACAAAGGGCCCCACCGCGCCUCAACGACAUGAUGCCGGAACGCCAAAGAAGUCGUAUCCUGCGAAUCCCGAUAUUGAAGUUAGGUUCAAAGAUCACUCAACCUAUGGUACAAGGAGUCAUGGUUGUCCUGAUCGCGAGGAAGAAACUCAACAAACGUCGGAUGAUGAUCAUACAGAGACUGAAGGACGUCCAAUAACACAUCAUCUAACGAGCGAACUCAAGUGGCUUCUCAAGACAAAACCCAAGAGUCCCGCGGCUCAUAGAUCACAAGCUAAAACUUCAGAUGAGUCCAUUAAGCUUCGACGGUCCCGGGAAAAGCUCCAAAAGCCCAGCCACGGCACAAACGAGUCAAUGGAAGUCAACGAGGAUAUUGCAGUUGGCCAAGAGGAACAGCCGGUGCCUCAAAAGCCGCAUGAGCUAUUACAGGAACCAAAUACAAUCUUGGAGGGGUCUAUGGAAAAACCGGCAACCGUCGUAAUCGUCGGAGACGAGCAGUCACCUACAGCUAGUCCUUCUUCGACCGUCCAUGUUGACAGGCCUUCCAACUAUAGCGAUCCCCCUGAUGAUAGUGAGUCUCGUCUUAACGACAACUCCUCCGAUUAUGCGCCUCCUCACGAUGAAGCUGUACAUGAUGACGAAUCUCUCCCCGAAUUGCCUCAUGAUACCAUGGUUCAGGGGGUAUCGACACCACGGAAGCCAAAAGACACCAGGACUCCUCUUACGGAACCUCCUUCAAGCUCUCACAAACCACACACCCCUCGCCAUGCUUCCAUUCGUACUACUCGUGCACCAUCAUCACGCCGAUCCCUCCUCUCGUUUGUGUCGGAUUCAGAAUCAGACACUAGCGGGUCUCGGGAUGAGUUAGCACGCAGAGUCAAAUCAACAUCCAAGGCAGCAAGCGUCCGUCCUUCGACAAAAAGGAUUUGGCGAGCGAGUGCCCUAACCAGAGAAAUUCAACGGACACCCAGUAGAAAGCGUGUCCAUGAGAUGUCCAGUCCUAUCAACACGGUCAAGACACCAGGGGGCACGUUAUGGACGUGUGGUGUAGAUGGUUAUCAAUGUGGCCGAGACUUUUGCUUCACUUGUAUAUGAAUGGCCGUUCUGCUCUCACAGAUUACUUUUUGGUUGAGAAAAACAUAGAAUAUAAAGCCAUGUGGGAAUCAAUAUACAACAAGCAAACAUAGCGCUG